AUGCUCGAAAGAAAAAUCGGUUUCCUCGAAGAUACCCUGCACUUGAAAGGCCCAGUUUCUCGCCAUUACUUUCUCAUUUCUCUCCCCUCGCGGUUCUCUGCUACUACCGCUCUGGAUCCUGAGUUUGCACCCUGCUCUACUGAGACUACCAGAGAUGAUAUUCCUCGACAUAUCUAUUCCGAUAUCUUUACGGGCGAGGUUUCCCAAUCCUUAAUUGGGCAAACUGGACUUCCGCGAGACCCAUGGGACAUGGAUCUUCCAUUAGGGUUGUCCUUCAGUCAGUUGUCUGACCUUCUCGUUCAAAACGAUGCGGAUCCGUUCGCAGUGCAGACGACCGCGUCGUCGUCACAUUGGGUUCCAUCUAUGGCCGUGACAAAGGUUGAAGUAAGGCCCGGAUUUUGGGAAGGAGUUAUAGUUGUGCUGCUAGCGAAGAACUCACACCGGUCAAAAGCACCGAACGAUCUGCUAAAAGAGCGGCAAAUUGUCCACUGGUUUGUGAGAUACUGGGAUACAUUGGUGAACAAAAAGAAAGUACCGGAAACCUCGGUGCCAGUGCACGUUGAAGUCGAAUCGGAGAGGGUUACUGGAGUAUCGUGCGAUAUGUCACUCCUGAGGGGGAGACUGCGGCGGCGGACACGACGUCUAUCCAAGGGAACCGGCACCCCUGUCUAUCAGAUCGCAAAUUUGGCGUCCAUCCCUCAUGUUUUAUCAUCAGGGGAAGACUUCUUAAAUAAUCCAAAUCGCGGCCGGCUAAGACGACGCAUGAGGCGUCUAGAUACGUCAGGCGCACCUAGUAUUACUGUGUCAACCAAGACCCUCCGCUGUCCGGCGACCUCGACGACAUUCUUUCAAAGACUACCGGGGACCUUUGCUCGCGAAUGGAAUUUAAACUCUCAAAUACUUGGCAAAAAGGCAGCUGCAUUACUUCGAAACCAAAUUAAUAUCGCAAUCAGUCUGAGAUCGAUACCUCUACAGUCGUCAGACGGUGAAGGUGACUUCAGCCUGUGGAAGGGAUUGAAGCCCCUGCUAAAGCUCACGCCAUAUCCAUAUUCCGUACCCUCAAGCAAAGGAGGCCAUGAAUGCAACAAGUAUGUGUGGCUUCAGCAAAAGGAAGACCCUCAUUUGGUAGUACCUUCUGGUUGCAAAAACCGUGCUAUCGUGGCCCUGGUUGAAGAUUAUGUUGGCUUGGUAGACAGCUCCUUCGAAGAGUUUGAGUCCCUCAGAUAUGCCUAUAUCAGCUCAAUAACUGCUGAACAGUCUGUUCCAGGACUCCAUGCGGCUUUGUCACUUGACUCUUACUGGAAACAUCUAUCGUUCCUUGUCAUGGGGAAUUCAAGGAGCCGUUAUUUGCCUUACGCCAAGGGUUAUGGUAUCAGCCAUUAUAGGCCAAGAGUGCCGCGAAAGAAUUUUAGAUAUGGAGUAUACAAUGUGGACACACUUGACAAAACAGCUAGUGCACCGUCGUGGAGAGCAGCUUGGAGUUUUCAAGUAUGUUCUAGGACUCCUAGAGUCCCUGAAAUCUUCAAAGCCUGA